UCCUUUCUCUGCUUUAAAGAACUUCUCUUGUUCGUCUUCACAAAACACAGAAUCACAGAGCACACAGAAGAAAAUCAAUUGCAAGAAAGUAUGGCUAGUUCUGGAUGUAAUGCUCUGUUUUUUGUACUCCUCUCCAUAGUUCUUGCUUACACAGCAAUCCAAUCCACCAUGCAUUCUAAAUCAACCGUCAAUUACUCAAAUUCACCUCACCAAUUCAGCAAACAUGCCCUCACCAUGAACGCUUCUAAAGCUCUUCGAAAUCAAGGAUUCAACAUCAUAGCUACUCUACUUCAAAUCUCCCCUGAAAUUUUCCUAUCUACUCCACAAUCCACCAUUUUUGCAAUUCAAGAUUCCGCCGUUUCCAAGCUCUCUGUUCCUUCUUGGGCAAUGAAGCAGCUCCUUCAGUACCAUAUUUCUCCUUCAAAAAUUCCAUUUCAGGAACUGUUGAAUAAGUCCCGAGAUUGUUGCUUGACGACCCUUUUAUCUCAGAAGAAAAUUGCCAUCACCAGAAUUGAUAAAAAACAGAGCAUCAUCGAGAUCAACAAUGUCUCUGUUUCUCAUCCUGAUGUGUUUCUUGAAGGAAAUCUUUCGAUUCAUGGAGUUAGUGGGGCCUUCUCUGUGUUAGAUUUUCAUGGAAUGGACGAGCACCUCGAUGCUAUUCAAUCACCAAUUUGUGAUGAAAUGCCAAACGAAAGUGCUACCGGUACUAAGAACUUGAUUGAUUGGCCAAGAAUCAUCAAAUUGCUCAACUCCAAUGGAUAUGCCUCCUUUGCAAUUGAAUUGCAUUCUGUUCUUGAUGGGGUUCUUCAUAAUUCUGCAAAUUUAAGCUUUGUAACAAUCUUUGCUCCUCCACAUUUGGGAUUUUUAUCAUCUCCUUCACCGUUACUCGAAAGAAUCGUAAGGCUUCAUAUAAUGCCCCAGAGGUACACUUUCAUGGAAUUAUCUUUCUUGCCUGACAUAUCAUCCCUCAAAACACUGGCUCCAGCCCUAAAUGUCACCAUUUCUAAGAGCAAUUUUUCGCGCGUUUUGAUCAUUGAUGGUGUGGAGAUCACAGCACCGGAUAUUUUCGUGUCUAAGAUGUUCGUCAUCCAUGGAAUAUCUCGCCCUUUUCACUUGGAGGAGCUAUCCAUUUCAUUCAGAUAA